ACGGGCCCUCAAAGUUUGUUUAUUCGCGGAACGCAGUGUGUGAUGAAAACGUGUUAGUAAGUAACCCCUCUUUCUGCUAAUAAUAAUCAAAUCAAAGUGAUUGGGACGUCGGAUCUCACUCUGGACUUUUGGGAACGCGUAACGGUGCCAUUUACGCACGGAACAUGCUGGCGAGACGUUGCGUUUUACCGCACCGGGAGCUUCGCUUCAAACUCUUCAGAAAGUAGGUGUCGGUGUGCACACAACAAGAGCUGAAUUACAGCGAUCUUUACGCAAGAGUGGAGAACGGACUACCGAGUUGUAGUGAAAUUAAAGUUGGUUGGAGAUCGUGAAGGUUUGAGUUGCGAGCGUCCCGUCAAUCCACAUCAACAGGGGAAAAGGAAAAAAGAAAGAAAAUAAACUGUGAUGACUGCAAAAGACUGAAAGAUACUGUCGCGGGCAUGGACUCGAGACGCUGACAUUCCCCUGUAGUAGUCAAGAUAAGCCUUGACUUGGCUAACAGAAGGGGUUAAACCGUAUAUAAAGGGAGUUUGGAAAACCCAGCCUUUCUUCCUCAUACGGAUCAACUCAUUGGGUGGGAGCUGAGAGAGAGACAAGAGUCCCCAGCAAAUCAGGAGCUAAUUGAUUAAAGAGACUUCAUUUGAAUAGGAGGGGGGCUGGCAAGGUGCCAAUCGCCUUUCAAAGAAGCCCCCGUAUGAUUAAUCGCAGAGCAUUAUUGAUAAUCAUAACGGGGCACAUGCGCGGUGGAUGUUCUCGAUUUACGUAAUUUUUUAGAAGGUUUUGUAGUCAUUUUUUUAUUCUUUGCCUGCUGAUGUGCCAGCCAGCAUGUCGCGGAGGAAGCAAGCGAAGCCUCAACACUUCCAAUCCGACCCUCAUCUGCCUUUAUCGGAGCACAAUGCUUUAACCAUGUCACCGGGGCAGAGCUUCUGAGAUUUGAAUCUUGUCCUGGACCACGGCAGCUUUAGUGGAACCCCAUCUAGUGUUCAGUGGGAUGAGUCCUGAGGGCUGGAGAAGAUGUGAGCAGAAACCCUCCUGAAGUUACAAGUGUCAAGACGCUCACAGAGGCCCCCUGCGAAAAAAUAAUGGGACACAGAACUUUGCUCCGAGGACCCCCCCUGCAAGGAGUCAGACGCCCAUGUCUGUAGCAGAUGUUGUGCUGAGUUCUUUGAACUAUCAGAUCUUGAGGAACACCAGAAGAAUUGCACUAAGAAUCAGUUAGUUCUGAUAGUGAAUGAAAAUCCUGCCUCCCCUGUCGGAACUUUCUCGCCUGGGUCUCCUCCUCAUAAUCCCGAUGACCAGAUGAAUGACACAGCUAAUAACACUGAUCAAACAGAGGGCAGUGACCUUUUGGAGCCUAACACUCUUGAAAAAGACGAAUCCAUGGACGUGGACGUUUCCGGAAUGAGCAGUGGUCACGAAGAGGACGGCAGUCAUACAGAGAGCGGAAGCCCCAUUAAUACAGUCAGCAGCCAUGCUGAUAGAGGCACCUCUGGCCCCGCAGUAGGUACUUCAGCUAUCUCUGCCUCACUACCUCAGCUCAGUAACCUAACUGAACUGGGGAACUUCUCCAUGAUCAACAGCAAUGUCAUAAUUGAAAAUCUGCAGAGCACCAAAGUGGCUGUGGCCCAAUUCUCCCAAGAAGCCCGUUCGACUGGAGGACCAAGGGUGGCCGUGCCAGCACUAAUGGAGCAGCUCUUAGCCCUGCAACAGCAACAGAUCCACCAGCUUCAGCUUAUUGAACAGAUUCGCCAUCAGAUACUGCUACUAGCCUCCCAAUCACCAGAAAUACAGGUACCUCCAACUUCUGCUCCCGGCACAAUGGGGCCAGCUGCCAGCCCCCUGACCACACUCAGCUCACAUCUCUCUCAACAGCUGGCGGCAGCCGCAGGCCUAGCACAGAACCUGGCCAGCCAGUCGGCCAGUAUUAGCAGCAUAAAGCAGCUGGCUGCAGCAGCACAGCUACCUCAGUCCAACCCAAGCAGCAGUGAGACAUCUCAGAGCAUUACCACACUGGGGCCAUCAACAAUCAAUCCCCAAUCCUCUGACAAAAGGCCCACUCAUAUGAGUAGCCUUCAUUCUCAACUAAGCAGCUCCUCACUAGCAAAGUCAUCGACGCCAGCAUUUGGAAUAGGUAGCUUGUUAAGCUCGCCCGUGAAUCCCCUUCUACCUCAACCCCCACCUGGAAAUCCCAUGUUCUCCAGUUCUCUGUCCAGUGUUGGCACCACUGUAGAGGACCUCAACUCUUUAGCAGCUUUGGCCCAGCAGAGAAAAGACAAGCCGCCAAAUGUCAGUUCAUUUGAGCAUAAGAGCAGCUCUGAUGAUGCUUUCUUCAAACAUAAGUGCAGGUUUUGUGGCAAGGUGUUUGGGAGCGACAGUGCCUUGCAAAUUCACCUGCGCUCACAUACUGGUGAGAGACCCUACAAGUGUAAUAUCUGUGGCAACCGGUUCUCCACUCGUGGUAACCUGAAGGUGCAUUUUCAGCGUCAUAAAGAAAAAUACCCUCAUAUCCAGAUGAACCCUUACCCUGUUCCUGAGCAUUUAGACAACAUACCAACAAGCACUGGCAUUCCAUACGGCAUGUCUAUACCACCUGAGAAACCUGUGACCAGCUGGCUUGACAGUAAACCAGUUUUGCCUACUCUGACAUCAUCAGUCGGCAUGCUGCUACCACCAACCAUGCCAAGCCUGCCACAUUUCAUCAAAAAGGAAGAUCAUUCAAUAGCCAUAACUAGUCCUUCUGUUACUGCAAAGAGUGACUCAGGUGCCACUGAGCCUUCAGCUAAAAGUAAUGAUGGUGUAUCUGAAGAGGGUGAAGGUGCAACACUGCCUACCUCAAAUGGAAAAACCGACGAAGGCAGCAAGACUUUGGGUCUCAUGACAAAUGUGAGUUGUGCAUCAGAAAGCAUUGCAGAGUAUACGACUUCUACCAGCCCACCCAUGAUGACCAACCCACUCAUGCCCCUUAUGUCUGAUCAGUUCAAGGCUAAGUUCCCUUUUGUAGGCAUUCUGGAUCCUCUCCAGGGAUCGGAGACAUCCAAGUUACAACAACUUGUGGAGAACAUUGAUAGAAAGGUGAAAGACCCAAAUGAAUGUGUCAUUUGCCACCGGGUGCUGAGCUGCCAAAGUGCACUGAAAAUGCACUAUCGCACUCACACUGGGGAACGGCCCUUCAAGUGUAAAAUCUGUGGCAGGGCAUUUACCACCAAGGGAAAUCUUAAAACCCACUACAGUGUUCAUAGGGCCAUGCCUCCUCUUAGAGUUCAACACUCCUGUCCCAUUUGUCAGAAGAAGUUCACGAAUGCUGUCGUUCUACAGCAACAUAUCCGUAUGCAUAUGGGUGGGCAGAUCCCCAACACCCCUCUGCCAGAGAGUUAUCCAGAGUCCAUGGCUUCUGAUACUGGCUCAUUUGAAGAGAGAAACUUUGAUGAUCUUGACAACUUUUCUGAUGACAACACUGAAGGAAUGGAAGAGGGUCCAGACAGCAGUGUGCCAGAUACACCCAGAUCUGCUGAUGCUUCCCAUGACAGUCUAUGUAACUCCCCAGCUCCCCCUGAAAUGGCUACCCAGGAAGGGCAAGAGAGGAAUGGCCAAGAAUAUAAUAAUGAAAUGCAGGAACAUAAUGUGAUCCAGAUGAAGGCUAUUGUAAAUGGCUUAAUUGAAGGUGACUGUCUCACCAAUGACUCCUCAUCUCUGGGAGGUGAUGUUGAAAGCCAAAGCGCCGGGAGUCCAGCGGUGUCAGAAUCUACCUCCUCCAUGCAGGCGCCAUCACCCACUAGCAUGCAGCCACAACCACACAAAUCCCCGAGCCUCGAAGAAAGGCACCAAAGGGCCUUAUCUUCAGACCCCACCAGUAUAAGCCUCUUGCACUCACAUCCCUCCAACCUUGGAGCCCUGGACCUGACAUCUGUCAGUUCACCAAAAGACCCUUUGGGCAUGAUUUUCCCCUUCCGUGAGCGUAGCACCAUCAAGAAUACAUCCUGUGACAUCUGUGGGAAGACCUUUGCUUGUCAGAGUGCCUUGGACAUUCACUAUCGAAGCCAUACCAAAGAAAGACCAUUUAUUUGCACGGCAUGUAACAGGGGUUUCUCCACCAAGGGCAAUCUCAAGCAGCAUAUGCUAACACAUCAAAUGCGAGACUUGCCCUCACAGCUAUUUGAGCCAUCAAAUACCAGCCUGUCCUCCAGCCCAACUCCUUCUCUUCUAUCUGUCGGUUCUCUAAGCAAACCAGAAGUCAAUGGUUUCCUUCAUAACCUUCAUCCGGAAAACAAGGAGGUACCCCCUGGCUUGGUCACAUCAUCUGCCUCAACAUCCCCAGUGCUUUCCACUGCUCCACCACGCAGGACUCCCAAGCAACACUUCUGCAAUACCUGCGCAAAGUGUUUCUCCUCCGCCAGUGCUCUGCAGAUCCACGAGAGAACCCACACAGGGGAGAAACCCUUUGCCUGCAGCAUCUGCGGCCGAGCUUUUACCACCAAAGGAAACCUCAAGGUUCACAUGGGCACCCACAUGUGGAACAGCGCUCCUGCCAGACGUGGCCGCAGGCUCUCCGUAGAUGGCCCGAUGGCCUUCCUUGGCACCAACCCAGUCAAGUUUCCCGAGAUCUUCCAGAAGGACAUGGCAUCAAGGGCAAGCAACGGAGACCCGACCAGUUUCUGGAAUCAGUAUGCUGCGGCCUUCUCCAAUGGUCUCGCAAUGAAGACAAAUGAAAUCUCUGUCAUCCAGAACGGAGGCAUCCCACCCAUGUCAGGUGGUGUCGGAAAUGGGGGCAGCUCUCCCAUAGGUGGCCUGACAGGCAGCCUUGAUAAGCUACACAACACGGAGCCCAAUGCUGCUCUGGCUGGUCUGGAGAAAAUGGCCAACACAGAGAAUGGGGCCCACUUCCGGUUCACACGCUUCAUGGAGGACAAUAAAGAAAUUGCCACCAAUUAGUAUAUGUCCUCAACUGGGCACAGACACAUAAAGAUGCCUAAAGGCAUACUGUACACAUAUGUAGACACAGACAGAGGAAGAGAACAAGACAGGGAUAAAAUCAGCUGAACUGCUUUGCUCGCCAUUGAAUCUUUACGAACAUGAGUGUGAAGACAAGUUGCUUUUUUUGUACAAUGUACAUGUUAUAGUUUUAAGGAGCUUAUUUAUUAGUGAUUAUAACCUUGCUUGAAACCAAGUGGAAGCAUUAACAAUUAGGUUUUGUUUAUUUUAAAGCCACAAUGGGUGCUUUAAAAAUGUGCUUUUGAAACUUAGAAUAUCUGGUUAGAUAACCUUACCUUGGCAUUAAGUUAUUUUCUGUCUGUAGUAGCUAUAAUUGAACUGUCUAUGUUCAUGUGAUGCAUUAGCCCUGUAAUAAGCGAACAGACUUGCUGUAAAUAAUGUACACUGAUCUUCUGUAGAUGGUCUAACAUCUGUGUGUUCAUGAAUCCCCCCCACCCCGCCUCAUCAAGACAAAACAAUGAAAUUCAGGCAAGGGACUAAAUGAUGUUGUAGUUCCUUUCUUUCCGAUUAUUAUUUACCUUUAUCUUAUUUAAGGAAGACAAAACAUUGAAGUUUGCUACAUUUCAAGGGUUUAUUUAGUGUUAAUUUGUUUUCUCGUUACAGUCUCUGUGUAUUGUACUUUCUACUUUUUUGUUUACUUCCAUUUUUUUUCUUCUAUCUUCUGUUGCUCAUAUUUUAUUGUUGUUGAGAGCAAGACGGUUACAAAUAGAGGAACAUUCAGUCUGGCCUGUUUCCUGGAUUUUGGAACUGAGACAGCUAAUCAAAUUGGAAGGAUCACUUUUAGUAUCUGAGCUGGAUUUCCACAUUGCUGCUAUGUCCCAGCAUCCUCACUGACAUCAAGUGCAAAGUUAUGUGUUGAAGCUUCUGUAAAUAUGUUCAGAUGUGGAAAUACAAGCUCCCUUGCAAGAAAAUGUACAUAAAGCUCUCACAAGAAGUCCAUCACGGCCAGGGGACAAAAUGAUAGUGUUUUUAUAAGUAUAAAUAUAUAUCGGGUUUGACAACCUUCGGACUGUUACAUGCACUUUCUUGGAAAGUUGGAAGAUCUUUAUGGGUCCAGUUUCUCUACACUUUAAUACCUACUAACAACUAAGAUACUGUAAUUCUUUACUCUAAUAAUCAAAUACAUCAGUUUUCCAAAAGAAA